UAACUAGGUAAUAAAAAAUUGAUUUUACCAGUGCUUCACAUUAAACCCUAUUGCUGCUGUUGCGUCUUCUGCUUAUCCUUUCCACCAUAUGCUCUCCAUUGAACUCUUGUGACCACCGGCAUUGUGUUGGAAGGUAGCCUGCUGGUACCACAAGCCCACUGGCUGGCUGUCCCUCCCCUCCCUGACUGCUCUACCCCCUCCUCCUCCUCCUCUCUGCACACUACACACACCAGAGCUCUCGGGGGCAGGAGCUGAAUCCUUAAACGGUCCAGUUCAUUCAUGAAACCGUGACGUCAGCAGCCUCCUUUGCAGCGGGGUUGGUGUGUGGGUGGAAUUUCCUCUGAAUUCUGCAUCGUCCUUCCAUCUCCUCACCCCCACCCCCUAACCCUCCUCCUCCUUCUGUUUUGCCUUGUGUGUUAUAUUCUCACUACACUGCGCUGGAGGAAGAUCAUGCAUCAGACCUCUCUCAGCUGUUUUUCCUGGCAGUACAGAAGCAGGACUGUGCUUUGAGCCUGCUGAGCGGGCCCACUCCCCCAUCCUCUACCUCUCUCGCUGUAGCCCAUGCCCAUGCACACCCACAGCACCAUGGGCAGCCCUCCAGAGGUGCUGAAUUGGUCCUCUUCUCCCAACCUCAUUGUGAACAUGAUGAAGGAAGAGCUACUGCUGAGUGCCAGGGAUGCUACCAGCAAGAGCCCUUUACCCCCCCUCCUCUCCCCACCGGAGAUCAUCGAGAACCUUGUCCCCUCGCAGCAGCUGCAGCAGGACCACCCAGAGGAAGUGCUGGCACUGGGGAGCAGCCCCCCCAUGACGGCCCUGAUCAGUGUGAGCGAGGAUUGCUCGCGGGAGCAGCGUCACUUUGACAACAGCGUGCUGCAGCUGCAGGAGAACGAGGAACCUGAGCGCCCUGUCAGCCCCCCGCCUGGGCACACCUGCGGAGGGAGUGGGGGCGAGGGUGGGCACGGCAACAGCCACACCGGCUGCAGCGGAACACGAACUCACGAGGAGUUCAAGAUGCACUUCCACCGGUCAGGCAGCGGCAGCAGCGGCUUCCUGGAGGGGCUCUUCGGCUGCCUGCGUCCGGUCUGGAAUAUCAUUGGGAAAGCCUACUCCACAGACUAUAAGCUGCAGCAGCAAGAUACGUGGGAGGUCCCUUUCGAGGAGAUCUCAGAGCUGCAGUGGCUGGGGAGCGGCGCCCAGGGGGCAGUCUUCUUGGGCAAGCUCCACAUGGAGGAGGUGGCCAUCAAGAAGGUGCGGGAGCAGAAGGAGACUGACAUCAAACACCUCAGGAAGCUCAAGCACCCCAACGUCAUCGCCUUCAAGGGUGUCUGCACGCAGGCUCCGUGCUACUGCAUCAUCAUGGAGUACUGUGCCCACGGGCAGCUAUAUGAGGUGCUGCGGUCAGGGAGAAAGGUCGCCCCCCGGCUACUGGUCGACUGGUCUACAGGAAUAGCCAGCGGCAUGAACUACCUGCACCUCCACAAGAUCAUACACAGGGACCUCAAAUCACCAAAUGUAUUAGUCACACAUUACGAUGGUGUUAAAAUAUCUGAUUUCGGGACCUCUAAGGAGCUGAGUGACAAGAGCACAAAGAUGUCCUUUGCAGGGACUGUGGCGUGGAUGGCACCAGAGGUGAUCCGCAACGAGCCGGUGUCUGAGAAGGUGGACAUUUGGUCAUUUGGAGUUGUACUCUGGGAGUUACUAACCGGUGAGAUCCCCUAUAAAGACGUGGAUUCCUCUGCUAUCAUCUGGGGAGUUGGCAGUAACAGCUUGCAUCUCCCAGUACCCUCCACCUGUCCCGACGGCUUCAAGAUUUUAAUGAAGCAAACCUGGCAGGGUAAGCCCCGGAACAGGCCCUCCUUCAGGCAGAUCCUCCUCUACCUGGAAAUUGCCUCUGCUGAUGUGCUCGGCACCCCUCAGGAGACCUACUUCAAAUCCCAGUCAGAAUGGAGAGGAGAAGUAAAGAAACACUUUGAAAAGAUCAAAAGCGAAGGCACCUGUAUCCACCGGUUAGAUGAAGAGCUGAUUCGUCGCAGGCGAGAUGAACUCAGACACGCUCUGGAUAUUCGCGAGCACUACGAGAAGAAGCUGGAGAGGGCCAACAACCUCUACAUGGAGCUGAGCGCCAUCAUGCUGCAGCUGGAGGUCCGGGAGAAGGAACUUAUGAAGAGGGAGCAGGCUGUGGAGAAGAAGUACCCCGGUACAUACAAGCGACACCUGGUGAGACCCAUCGUGAGGCCCAACGCCAUGGAGAAACUCAUCAGGAAGAAAGGCAGCAUAUCACACAAAGCGGGAAUGCAGGCCAAGAGGCCAGACCUGCUGCGGUCAGAUGGGAUCCCCAGCAUGGAGGUGUUGCCUUCCCAUUCGCCGCUCUCAGGGAGCCCCAAAGUAUCCACCCCACCGGGCAAAGCGAGGUACCGCAGCAAACCGCGCCACCGCCGGGGCAACAGCAAGGGCAGCCACAGCGAGUUCACCGGCAUCCUGAUGAGUGUGCCGGCCGCUCCAGAGGAGCAGCAGCACCUCGCCCACAACCACCACUUCCACCAUCCCCAACCCCCUGACAGCCACCUCCGCAGGGAGGACGCUGUGGCCAACUGCGCCAACAACCUGCGCUACUUCGGCCCGGCCGUCGCCCUGCGGAGCCCCCACACUGACCACCUCCAGCGGAGACUGUCCGGCUCCAGCCCCGAUCUCCUCUCGACCACCGUGGAGGCUGACUCCCGCCAGAGAGCAGCUUCUGAGAGCACCAGCCAGAGCUCCCUGUGUCCCUGCUGCCAGACUCACCCCUAUCCCGGCUGUCUGCGCUGCCAAGAGAUGGCUGUGAUUACCACAAUGCCAGCUGACAGACUGGCUGACGCCAACGGCCCUGCUCACAGCCAGCCUGAGCGCCCUGCCUGCUGCCUGCUCGAUUCCUGUGAGAUUCCCAAGCAGUCGGAGCACUUCGCAGCAGCUUCUGAGGACAGAGAGCUGACCGGCAGUUUCCAGCAGGGAGCCGCUCCCGGAGCCACCCCCCAGCACCUCACCCCGCAGGGCCUACGUCGAAAGCUGCGACCCCUUCGAAAGAAUGGAGACUACUCGUCCGAAGAGGAGGAAGGAGAAGUGGACAGCGAAGUGGAGUUUCCACGCAGACAGAGGCCUCACCGCUGCAUGAGCAGCUUCCAGUCCUGUUCCACCUUCAGCUCUGAGAACCUGUCGGUGUCGGACGGGGAGGAGGGCAACACCAGCGAUCACUCGCACAGCGGGCCCCUGGACGGGUUCGGUAACAGCCAGGAGGAGCAGCUGGAUGAGCGGCUGGACGAGCUGCUCUCACAAACCCCUGAGAUCCCCAUUGACAUCUCUACGCAGUCUGACGGGCUGUCCGACAAGGAGUGCGCCGUGCGCAGGGUCAAGACUCGGAUCUCCUUCGGCAAGCUCUGUGCCAAUGAACACAGCUACGAGAACCCACUGCACUUCGCAGAGUCUGACUGUGACACCUCGGAAGCAGAGUUCUCCGAUGUCACCAUCCGCAAUAACAAGCCUUGCAGCACCUCCACCUGGUGAGCAGGGGAGUCAGGCUGACCUGAGACUUCAGCUGAACAAAGAUUGCUCAGCACCAAGGAACAAGAAAACAGGACUUUUGUAACAAAACUGCAAUAACAGAAGAAAAAAGAAAACUGAUCCAACCUUCUUCUACCAGCCCCCUUUCCCCUUCCCAAAACCGGUUCCAAACCUAAACAUCGCUAUCAUUUCAAUUACAUAUGGCAGGGAUUACAUAAAUGAUGAAUAAUGUAGCUAGUGUAACAUUGAUAAUUUAUUUUUGUUUGACAUUUAAAAAAAAAAAAAAAAAAAAACACCACAAAAAAAAUGUAUUGUAUAGCGUCGAAUAUUUUGAGGCAAUUGAGAAAAACGGAAAGAAAAGCUGAAUGAGUCUUAUAGGUCAUUAUGCGAGGACCAGUGCGCAUGACAGGGACCAGGUGAAUGAUUGAUAGGUUUAAUUUAGGGAACUGGAUUUUAACAGUGGAAUGCAGAACUGGUAUUACUGCUGCUGCUUUGUUUUCUCUACAGAAUCAAAAAAAAAAAACACUGAUGAAUUUUACACCUGAACUUAACUGCAAAAUUCUUUAUGGUGCAGACCUCUCCAGUAUCAUAUGUGUGCAAAUGCAUUUUGUGUAAUGCAUAAUCCUCAAGUAAUCCUUUGGGAUGGAUCAAACUAAACCACCUGGAGAGUUGCCUUUUAUUUCUUUUUUUUCUUUUUACGUUCUUUACUUUUAUAGAAACCACUUGUCCCUUCCAAGUGCAUACGACAAGAAAAGCAAAGCUUGAACACCAGCAUGAAAAAGCAUUUUUUUCACCAAGCAUGUCCGCCCAGCCUGUGUUGUGAGACCACAGAGAUGAGCAUGAACUGUAUCUCGGUAGGAUGUUGCAAACAAGCCGACACACAAGCAGCAUAAACCAGCAAAACUAAUCAACCCCAUACCAAGUAGCUGCUUAGACUUGGAAUUCAGUUUGCCCUCUUUGUUCUAACUGCUGUAUUGUUUUAUUCAUUAUUUAAGUUCAUGAACAAGAACCAAACCAGUGUUGAAUUAUUUUACUGAAGGAAAUUCCAGUUUCUUCAAAGCAGCUCUUUAAAGACUGGACCCUUGUAGUCUCUGGGUUAAUCAGUGUGGAGACAGCGAGUCCAGCAGCAUAUGGGUUUUGUUUUGUGUUGUUUUUAUAAAGUGAGUUCAGUACAAGUCCUGGAUAGUUGGUUACAAGAUGCAGCAUCCCUUUAUAUGUGCUCCUCAGCUGAAAUCCCUCAUCGUCCACUAUCCUUGAUGGUGUAAUUAUUAUUAUUAUUAUUAUUAUUAUUAUUAUUAUUAUUAUUAUUAUUAUUAUUUAUUAUUU